GGUGCAUGCGUUGCUGUUAUUUAUAUGACCGUAAAUCCCAUUUGAAAGGUACACAUUGUGUAGGAUAUCUUUUCUAUCUCAAUUCAUUCGAAAGAAUAAAAUCCAUUCCUAACAUUCCAGCUGAAACCUCGAGUCAUGAUGACAGCGAUCAAUAUUGCAGAGGAGUCCCGUCAUGGUUCCAGAGUAAAUCCAGCGAUUGAAUCCAGUUGGAAGACCACCAAGCCAAUUCGUGCUACAGAGAAAGCAUUCCUCGAUCUCCUGGAAGGCAAAACUCCUCUCCUUCACGAGCCUGAGUUUCUUUCCCAGGAGGAUUGCUUUAAGCUCACAAACGCUUUGGAGCCAAGACUCACACCAUAUUUACAUGCCACUGGCCCAAAGUUGGCUAAAGUGGGCAUUGCUCAGUUUGAGUUCCAAGCACAGAGCGAGGAUGACCUGAAAAAUAGAUCUGGAAAUGGUACGCACUCUCUUAAGCAGCACCUGCUAAAUUUCUUUCAUCAUGAGAAACAUAGACUCCACAGUAGCUGACUAAAGGUAUAGAGAAGCAGCAAUACUUCCAGGCAGUCCGUGAGUUGGGUGACUCCCAUGGUCAAUUAGCCGCAGAAGUUGGCAUCAAUGCGUUUGCCAAAGUCUUCGACUUCAUUAAAUCGAUUGCUCCCGAUAACUGGGAAGUCAUGCUAGCCACAGAAGUGCUAGAGGAUGAGACGGCGAAUGGUACUCCUGCCACGCAGUCUUACUUUGCCGGCAUUUAUAGAGUGAUCAACAACGGAACACCAGUCCACUGCGAUUGGGCGCCUUACGACACUCGUACGGAAUCGUGGUCAAUUAGUAGAGUGACAAACCAAGUUGCUGUCAAUUUAUGCGUGACUCCACCACCGGAAAAUAGUGGGGGAACUACCGUAUACGAUCUGCAGUGGUCUCCCGAAGCAUUGAAAUUCCGUGAUCCAGAGAGUUAUGGUUACUCUGCCGGCCUUGUUGAUGGCCGCAAGCGAUUAGAUUUUCAACCUCAUAUUGGUGAUCUAUACCUCUUCAACUCUCGUAAUAUGCAUGAGGUGCAUCCGGUUUCUUCUGACACAGGGAUUCGCCGUUUGGCUAUGUCAAGCUUUCUUGGAGUGUUACCGCCAUUGAAUGAAGGCCAAAAGACGAAGUUGGUGUUUUGGGGUUAGAGGAUGGAUAAUCUAACAGCAUGAGUCGUACUUUCUGGCUCCACUUUUGAAGCUUAAUACGACAUGAUAUUUUUCGCCUUUUUGCCUUCAACAUGAUGUUAUGUUCUUUGGCGGUCUCCAUUCUCACAAAGCAGACUGUUUGAUAGUAAGGUCCCAUCGGCUUGCAGCUGUUUGGCUGGAACAGCUAUUCACGAAUUGGCAAGAAUGUUACUAUGCUUGAAUCAUAUUUGUUGGACAAGCUUUUAUCACUUAGUUAUCAACAGCAAUCAUGGAAUCAUUCUGUGUAACUCGCAACGGACCACUGGGUCACUAUCUCUAGCGGAAUGCAAUAUUAUAUUUCGUGACCCGAUUAAAUGGAAAGAGAAGUGAAUA